AUGCGCCGCAACCGAGUGUGGCCGUGUGUGGUGUUGCUGAUUGUUGUCUGCGCGGAAGCGACCGAUGCUCACGGGCAUGGCGGCGUGGAAACGUUGCUAGCACACGACACUACAUCGAACGAUGCUCCAAGGGAUGAUUUCAAUAACGAUUUGCCACGGAACUUUCCCUCGCCACGGUUGGAAUACAACGAAUGGUUGCCGGUAGGACGAGGUGAUCCACUCAAAAAUGAUCCAACGUACGACUACAGUCCACCGGUGCUGGACCGCGUCCGGUACUGGUCAGACGGCGCCAAGGAUAAAACAUCCGGCAACGACAUCCUGCUGCUGGGCGUUCCCUCAAAGAAGACGGUCGGCGUCAGCAAGGAAUGGAACAGCUUACCCGUGCGUCGUAACUACUACUCGCCGGCACUUCACCAACAUCAUGCGAUAGCAGGCCCGAAUCAGUUGCCUCAUACCGUACUAAUGCCACCACCACUAAACAACUAUCCGGCUGGUAUAGAAGGUGCUGGAUUCUGGGGUGGUGCAACUUCCGCUUCCCAACGAGUCGACACACAACCGGGAGAUGGCUUUAAAUAUCGUCCUGGAAGCUCUUAUCACGGACAAUUAACUGGUGGAAAGCCACAUCCGGAGCCGCCGAUUUCGCAACCCAUCACGGCACAAUUUCAUCAUCAUCAUCAGCCUCAACUGCAAAGUGGCAGUGGGUUUAACCGUCAACAACAACCGUACGUUACGACGAUUCGCCUUACCACUCCAGCCGGUGACACUGUAAAGCGACCAUUGCUGAAGACAAUUCUGCAGAAUGAACAUUCCUAUCCGUUCACUAAAACCGCUAUGACCAGUUCAGUGACUGAGUACACUUCCGGUGGAUUCUAUGAUGCACAGAACAUCAACGCCAUGGCACAAACAAUCUUUCAUCCUCCACAAACCACGGAGUAUCUUCAAUCGCAACCACUGCAGCAAUCCACUAAAACAGUCCCAAAACUAAACAAGGAUAUCCGCCCCCAACACGUAACGAAUGCCGGUCUGUUCGUAACACCAGUGAGUACUAACAUGCCAACUAUGAUGUCCACAACGACUACGCGAAGUCCAGCGAUGACGGUAUCGGGCACUUCAAGCACAAUGCACAUCAUGGUAACGACACAGCCUACUCCGCAAACCAUGACGACCGAUUCAAUAUUUUCUCACUACAAGCAACCAGCUGCACCGGAACGUUGGUCACCGUACCUCAUUAUCGAGGGUCACUCAAAGGUAAAAACGUACGGCUUAAACACGAACGAUACGCUAAUGCAAUUGCCGCGAAUGGUUCCGGUCACUAGCACGAAAGAUCCGAUCGUACGGCAUGUGGUUAACCGGGAUCCCGAAACCGGAGCGGAGCUAGGUGUAACGCACAUCGCUACCAAACGUCCUCCAGUGUACGAGGUGCACACGGAAGCGGGUCCUCGGACUACAAAGAAGAAUGAUUCUGUAAAACAGCGGCAAGACGAUGCGCCAGUCAACACACUACUCACACUGCUCGAUGAAGCUUCCUACGACGACAUGCUGAAGCAGGAAGGAACCGCAGAAAACGUACUGGACGCAAGUGUGGCCACCUCUGGCAGUAAGGAUAGCAAGACGCGUCGAAAUGUGCGCAUCACGAGACAAAUUUACCGGCUCGAAAGGCCAUCAUCUUUACAGUGA